AUGGUUACAAGGUCAAGAAAAGAUUGGGCGAAUAAGUUGGAUGAAUCUCUUUGGGCCUAUAGAACAGCAUUCAAAACCCCUAUUGGAACUACACCAUAUAAGUUAGUCUAUGGGAAACCGUCCCAUCUACCAGUAGAGCUUGAACAUAGAGCAUUUUGGGCAAUCAAACCCCUCAAUUAUGAUCUACUGCAUGCUGGGAAACUGAAGUCACGGUGGACGGGUCCAUUCAAGAUCACGAAGGUAUUCCCCUAUGGUUCCAUCGAGCUGUCAAACUUAAAAGGGGAAACAUUCAAGGUUAAUGGUCAACGUGUCAAACACUAUCGCGUACGUGAGCCUUUAGCAGGGCUAGUAACAAUGCCGCUUGAGCCUCCACGUGUUCUUAAUGAAUAA